GCAGACCUCAAUGUAGACCUAGAUAGAACACUCAUGCACAUUAGGAAUCGUCUCGAACAUCAUCAUCCAUCGACAUGGCAUAACAUGAUUGAUACUCAUAUUCCCUUGUCUCGAACAAUUCAAUAACCACUCACUCUUCUCUUCUGCUCAAUUCCCAAAACCACUGAACGACGACAUCCUUGUCAAUCCCUCGGCCCUGACCACCCACCCCAUCUCAUCCAAUGACAACACAGCCUCACUCUUGGCCCCCGUGGUACUAUAUCAUCACCUUGGAACUUCACCUCUUCAACCACACUCCGCGAUUCAACUUUCUCCAAUACCACCUCCCGCUCCUCCACACCAUACCCUCACAACCAAUACGCCCACCCGUCCACGAUCCUCCCUCUGCCAAAAUCACUUCGCGCAAACUUAUUUCAACUACUACCAUUUUCCCAUCGCCAGAUCACACCGUGGAGAUUGCUACCGACACGGUCUUGGAAUGCGACGGGGAUUGUUAUCCUGAUUGGGAGAGUGCAAGAAACCAAGGAUCGUCUUCACCCUCAUCAGACUACAGCUACGAGAAACCUUGGUACGAAUCCAAAUCCAAAUCCAAAUCCGAAUCCCAUUCUUUCCAAAAUCUAUCGCAGUCUUCCGGUCCUUACCAGACAUCAGAAUUGUUAGAUUAUUUGCAACAUCCUCUUUUUGGCCGACCUCUGCUUCCUCCUCCUUUUCAUCGCAAUCCCUAUCGCUAUCGUAAUCUCGCGCAUUCACACCCUCUACUGCAACCCCCCAAGUUCUACAAUUACGGAGCUAUUGUACACGAUUCCAAUCGCGACACGAUUUGCGAAGAUCCCGAUGAAAUAGUACAUUGUCCAGUGUACCCUCUCACCCAUCCACCUCCACUACCUCGCAAUCGCAAUCACCAUCGAGAAUAUCCACACCCUCUUCGAUACUUGUAGAUCAUUCACGCACUCCUCCAUUCGCACUUCGAUCCUACCCACCAAACAAUUAAACCCCUCAUCCACAGAACUAUAGCACCCCCGCUUCCCCAUCUCUACACCCCAUCCCCACCAAAAUGGGCAAUUGCUGCAGUACCUCUUCAGACCCCUCCCCCUUCGACCAACCCGGCCGCACUCUCUCCUCCGCACCCCCCAAACCCGCCCCCUCGAAAUCUACACUCCCCCCCUCUGUCUCCACUUCCGCUUCCGCAUCCACCGUUCCCCGCACCUAUACCGUCGGUGGUCCCGCGCGAACUCUCGGUUCUGGAUCAUCAGGCGCACAAGAAGAUGCCAGGAGGAAAGCCGCUGAAGCUGCAGAGGCACGUCUCUCAUCCAAAAAACCCAAAGGCGCCCUAGGAAAGAAACUUCAAGAAGAACAGUCCCAAACCAUGAAGACAACACGUGAAAAUGCAAGUGAGGCAGAAAUACGAGCUAGGGAAGCAGAUGCCGCCGCCCAAGCUCGAGCCUACAAUUAAACAAUCGAGCAACUAAACAACACGGCGCGGUACCGGAUCAUAUGACGCGAGAGAAAGAGGGGAAAUGGAAUGGAAUGGAUGGCCAGGGAGAAGUGAGAUGCAGGACUGUUUUUAUUCGGAGAUGUGGAGUUAUUUACUUUUAUUUUUAAAAGGGUUUGGGUAGAGGUGUUUGGUUAGCAGAUAAGUACCCCUAUGCUAUGUAGAUAUCCCAUUUCUUCAUGUUUCUUUUCGGGCUCCAUCAUAUUGGAUAGAUCAGGAGUCCUGUGUAAUUAUUUGGAUACAUAAUUCUGAACUUCACGACCAUUACGAAUAGAGGAGUUAAUUCUAGGAAGAAGAUUCCAGUAAGAAGAAGAUUCUAGAAAGAAGAAGGAAAAGAGAAUGAUCAGGCAGUAGAAGCGGCAGACAUCUUGAAAUAUGAUAUUAGGUGACACGAAGAUAGAAAAAAAAAAUUAAGCA